CUUGUGUUUUCCAGUUUUCAGAGUCCGAGUCCUCACAAAACUUCAUUGCGUUGAGCGUAGAAUCUCGCCUCAAACAAAACUACGUAGCUUCUAAUUCCUACCUUUCAUCCCUGAAUUCGAUUUCAUCUUCGUCUUCUCCUUUGGUUUCGAUCAAACCCGUCCGAGCGCAGGCGGUGUCGGUAAGGGAGAAGAGCGGAAUUGAAAAGACGGGGGGAGAAACAAACCCUAAACCAUGCUUCUAAUGUUUCGAAUUCGGACAACAUCUGCUACUACAAUCAGCUGAACGUGACUCUUACAUCGAAAGGAGAUGACGGAUAACAAUGGCAAACCGGAUAAGGGUAAUCAAUGGCAGUCGUCAACACCACCGCAUCAAGAGAAAGCGGAGGACUUGAAACUCUGGGCAAUUCUACUUUUCGGUUUAAUCGGUGCCUCUGCCACCACUCUCGCCAUUGGUCAUCUGCGGAGAACUGGUGAUUGGGUAUAUACUCAGUUGAGCAGGUCACAAUCAUCACGGGGUGGAGGAAGUGGUCGUUCUUUCCGGUCAUCGUUUCAGGAGGAAGCAUGGAAAAGGUAUAAUCGUAGGCUGCAAGAGGAAUAUGAAGAAGAAAUGGAGAGGGUGGAGCGCAUAAGGCGCAUGCAGAAUGUAUUCAACAGAGAGAGGAACAAAUACAAGAGAGGCUACGAAAGCUGGGGAGAGAAUGGUGGUGGUGCGUUUCAUCAACAUCACCAGCGUGAUGAUUGGUAUUGGAAAGCCGAGACGUUCUACAGAGAACAAAGUAAUAACUAUAAGGAAACUCCAAGAGACAGAACAAGCUACUUGCUAUCGCAUCAUUAUACAGUUUUGGGUCUCAACAGGUGUCGAAAAACACCUUAUACAGAUGCUGAGAUUAAGACAGCAUUCCAAUCCAAGGCGAAGCAAUUUCAUCCAGAUCAGAACCAGGAUAAUAAAGAGGCUGCUGAGGCCAAGUUCAAAGAGGUGAUGACAUCUUAUGAGGCCAUAAAGUUAGAAAGAAAGAGCGGUUGAGCAUAAGACUUGACCAUUUUAACAGUAUGACAUAUUUGUGGUUUUUUCUUGAAAUUUCCCCUCGUUAGUCGUGUAAAUUAUUAAGAGGAAUUCAGCUUCUUGUAGUAUUAUGGCAACAUUGAAGUGGGUAUUAAUAUGAAGGGUUAAAAUAUUGAUGUUAAUAUCAA